AUGCUCCUGGCGCUGCUGGGUUCCCGCCCGCCCCCCGAACCUUUUCCUUUCCCUCUUCCUCCCCCGGAGCCUCUGCCCACCCCCACGCUCUCCCCGGACGCCGGCUACGACUUGUAUUACGAAGGCGAACGCGUCACCGUCGUCUGCUCGGCUCCCACCGCCAGGAACAUCGCCGGCUUCCGCCUCUUCAACCAAACCGGGCAACAGAUCGACCUGCGAAGGCCUUUCCGCCUCCCCGUCGCCCGCUUCCACCUGGCGGCCACCAAAACCUCCGCCGGGGCUUACACCUGCCUCUAUUUCGUGGAGGAAUCCGGGCGUGAAAUUCCUUCCGACCGGAGCCUUCCUUUCACCGUGAAGGUCCGGGCUGCUCCCGCGGCCCCAACGUUAUCCCUGAUUCCUCAGGAGCCGCUUUACAGAUACGGGAACGACGUCCAACUGCUCUGCUCCAUCCCCUCCUCUCCCGCCUACGUCAAAGAAAUCCAAUACUACGCGGAUUUCGGAUUUGCCGUCUCCAUCCCGGUGCUGCCGAACGUCCGGAAUUCCACCUACCACCUCCGGCUGACGGCAGAGACGCCAUCCGGGUCCUACAGUUGCGCUUAUUUCGUCGUACGGUCCAACCGUCCCGUCCGCUCCCGACGGAGCCCCUGGAUCGACGUCACGGUGAAAGGCCGCCAGAUCAGCUCGAUGCGGCAGCUCCUGCUCGGCGGGUCCUUCUUCGCCCUCAACGGCCUCGUCUUCUGCUUCUCCCGCCUCCUGGCCAAGAGACGAGGUCUGGAAGAGGGACGCCGGGGGCCAUGA